CUCUUGCUCUGGCCGCCAAUCGAGCCCUUCUGCUGGGCCUUUCUCACCAGUCCAGACUGCCGCCACCACAAGACAGGCUCAAUACCGUUCAGCUGUCUACAACCACAGUCAUCGGCUCACCAGGAACGAUAGCACAAACGGCGGUCAGCUGUCAACCGCUUCUGCACCCGGAGCCGAGAAAGUCAAGUUAUUAGGCAAUCGUGUAGACGUGGGGCUAUUGAUUUGUCAGUCUCUAUCUCACUGACAGCGGCCAGUGAUCAACCGCGCGCAAAGCUGGAUAGACUCGGUCCGCGAAUUCGCGACCUGCGCCGGCGCUUGUCGAUGCCGAGAGACAGAAGCAUGUCGCCGUCAACAGGUCCGCCUGGAGGCGCUGACGGGGCGAUCCAACCGGACUCGCUCACUCGCAAGGCUACGCAAAGCCCUCACCGAGACGAUAUUUGCUGCAUAUUCGUCCAUGCUGGAGCAGGCUACCAUAGCCACCAAAACGAACGUAUUCACCUUGAUGCGUGCAAUGACGCUGCCCAAGUCGCAAUGCUGAUUCUACGGAAUGGUGGCUCCGCCCUGGAUGCCGUCGAAAUGGCCGUCAAGAUUCUCGAAGACAGAGAGAUCACGAAUGCAGGUUAUGGCAGCAACCUGGCCAUGGAUGGCGUUGUCGAGUGCGAUGCUUCCAUUGUCGACCACCAUGGUCGCAGUGGGGCAGUGGGCGCAGUAUAUAAAAUCAAGAAUCCAAUCUCGCUAGCUAGGCUCGUUCUAAAUCACACCACACAAUCGUUGACCCUGCGUCGCGUUCCGCCAAAUCUCCUCGUCGCUCAAGGGGCAAUAGAAUUCGCCGACGAGAUGGGCGUGCCAGUAUUGCCACAUGACGCACUGAUCUCUCCGGCAGCACAUGAGAGGUGGCUUCGCUGGAAGACCGAUCUGAGAGUAGCAGAGAAGAAAGCCAGGAAAACCGGCGCCCAUCCCUCCUGCUGGAGAAUCAGGACGCCUAGGACAACUAAAGAUGAGGAAGAGGAAGAACGGCUACGGAUGCAACAUACCAGGAACUUGUUGCAAGGCUACCCACACCUUGCUCAGCCUAUGUCACCAAUACCUUCAGAAGACUCGAUUUAUUAUGCCGGGGAGGAGACCUCCGCCACUCCCUCUGAUCCAUCAGCACCCCAGUCAGAUAUCUCAAUGGGCUCAUCUACAAGUGAGGAGUGUAUGACUAUGCCAGAGUCGGCGACAUCAACGCGGCUGCUGCAGCCACCAUCAGCCCGCCCUCUGACAGUUGAAGAAUCGUCUCGGAGCGCCUUUAUCAACAGUACCCAGAAGCUGCCUACGCUCAGGCAGUUUAAAGACAGCAGAGCCUUGCGGGAUAUCACUGCGGAGCACAUUGCGGAGGACACCGCAAUGCGAGAUUCCGACGGUGGCCCAAUCGCAUGGGGUGACGGCUCCGAUGAAGACACGUAUUCCGCAUCUAGCACCGCGACGAUAAAACCGUCCGAUCUUGCUAUGAAUAUUCCACUGCCCGACACGCCUCCUGAUAAGCAUAUCGAAUGCCUGACGCCCCCCGUGGCGACGCCGCUGGAGCAUGUAAAAGAAACGGCUCCGCUUCCGCCAAAACCAGCCUCUCCUCCUACAUCUCGAAUGGGCGAGGAGGACUGCAUAACCGAUACCGUUGGCGCCAUUGCUGUUGAUGGUUGGGGAAAUAUUGCCUGUGCUGCCUCGUCGGGUGGUAUCGGGAUGAAAUACCGCGGUCGGGUUGGCCCGGCGGCUCUUGUGGGUGUAGGCACUGCCGUUGUUCCCAUAGACCCAGACGACUUAGACGGGACGUGUGUUGCGACAGUUACGAGCGGAACGGGCGAGCACAUGGCGACCACUAUGGCUGCCACUACUUGCGCCGAACGUCUGUAUCAAAGCAUCAAAAAGGGUAAGGGAGGCGAAUACGUGGAAGUCACGGAGGACGAGGCGAUGAGAUCAAUGAUUGAGAACGAUUUCAUGGGUCAUACAAGCGUCAAGAACAGCAGCUCCGCCGGCGCGAUCGGCAUUCUGGGCGUCAAGAAGUCCCGCCAAGGGAUUAUGCUGUACUAUGGCCACAAUACCGACUCUUUCGCUAUGGCUUCGAUGCACUCCGACGAGGACAAGCCUUGGUGUGCCAUGUCGCGCAGUAACGGAAACGGCCAGAUCGCCCAAGGAGGGCGCAUGAUGCGCUACCAGAGAAAGAAGAAGACGAAGACCACAGGUCUCCCGCGUCAAUAAUUCGCCUAACGUUGGCCCAGCUGCCGUUGCCGCCGGCG